CGUGCGCGCUGGGUCCCCCAUUCUUCCCGUGGUCAGCGGGGCGCGCGCGCGGCCAUGGAGCGGAGCGGGCGCCGCCGCCGCCGGCACUGAGGGAGGGAGACGCGAGAGGGAGAAGGGAGCGCGUCCGCCCGGCCCCCGCCCCGCAGAAUGGACUGCUGAAUUGGGAUUUAUUGCAGACUCAACUGUACAGCACUGCUCAUUGCUUCAUCUAUUACUAGUUAUUUAAAUUGGACUUUUAAUAUCCUGCCAGCUGCUGUCCACACACACAUGGUGCAUUGUUGCCAUUCUCAGAAUUGCAUCUUUGAAACCCAGGCCCUCAGUAACCUUCAUAGAAGAAAGAGGCGACCUCCUGCGUACAUUUGUAGAGGGAGUUUUUGGCCCUGCUGCCCUCUGGCUUUCUGGCUGCUGCUGUAUUUCUGAGACACUAUGGAGCCCAGUAUGGAGUACUGCUUAGCACAGGUGCUGCAGAAGGAUGUUGGAAAAAGACUUCAGGUUGGCCAGGAAUUGAUAGAUUAUUUCUCAGAUAAACAGAAGUCAGCUGAUCUUGAACAUGAUCAGACUAUGCUGGAUAAAAUGGUUGAUGGACUGGCCACUUCUUGGGUAAAUUCCAGCAAUUAUAAGGUGGUUCUCCUGGGAAUUGACAUCAUCUCCGCACUGGUGUCCCGCUUGCAAGAUCGCUUCAAGGCCCAGAUUGGCACAGUGCUGCCAAGUUUACUUGAUAGGCUGGGAGAUUCUAAGGACUCAGUGAGGGAGCAGGAUCAGACCUUGCUGCUGAAAAUCAUGGAACAAGCUGCUAACCCUCAGUACGUGUGGGACAGGAUGCUAGGAGGAUUCAAACACAAGAAUUUUCGGACAAGAGAAGGGAUUUGCCUCUGCCUUAUUGCAACACUCAAUGCAUCUGGAGCUCAGAGUUUAACACUGAGUAAGAUAGUGCCACAUAUAUGUAACUUACUUGGAGAUCCAAACAGCCAGGUUCGAGAUGCAGCAAUAAACAGCCUUGUGGAAAUUUACAGACACGUUGGUGAACGAGUAAGGGCUGAUCUCAGUAAAAAAGGAUUACCCCAGUCUCGGUUGAAUGUAAUUUUCACAAAAUUCGAUGAGGUCCAAAAAUCUGGAAACAUGGUCCAGACUUCAGUUGAUAAAAUUUUUGAUGAUGAAGACUCCGUGGAUGGAAACAGACCUUCCUCAGCAAGCUCCUCUACAUCUUCAAAGGCCCCUGCAAACUCACGCAGAGUUGGGAUGGGCACUACCCGCAGACUUGGCUCUGCAUCUCUGGGCUCCAAGUCUUCAACCAAAGAGGGAGCAGGUGCUGUGGAUGAAGAAGACUUCAUUAAGGCAUUUGAAGAUGUCCCAACAGUUCAGAUUUAUUCCAGCCGGGAUCUUGAGGAAUCCAUAAACAAGAUCAGAGAGAUACUAUCAGAUGAUAAACACGACUGGGAACAGAGAGUUUCUGCGUUGAAAAAGAUCCGCUCCUUACUUUUGGCUGGAGCUGCAGAAUACGAUAACUUCUUCCAACACUUAAGACUUUUGGACGGAGCGUUUAAAUUAUCUGCUAAAGACCUGCGGUCUCAAGUUGUAAGAGAGGCUUGUAUCACCUUGGGACAUUUGUCAUCAGUUCUGGGAAACAAGUUUGACCAUGGGGCAGAAGCCAUCAUGCCAACAAUUUUUAAUCUAAUUCCAAAUAGUGCCAAAGUCAUGGCCACUUCUGGUGUUGUAGCAGUUAGAUUAAUCAUUCGACACACGCACAUCCCUCGGUUAAUACCCAUCAUAACCAGUAAUUGCACCUCCAAGUCUGUUGCAGUUAGAAGGCGCUGCUUUGAAUUUUUAGACUUGCUGUUGCAGGAGUGGCAAACACACUCCUUAGAAAGACACAUAUCAGUGUUGGCUGAAACAAUAAAGAAGGGAAUUCAUGAUGCAGACUCUGAAGCUAGGAUAGAGGCAAGAAAGUGCUACUGGGGUUUCCACAGUCACUUCAGCCGAGAGGCAGAGCAUUUGUACCACACCUUGGAGUCUUCCUACCAGAAGGCCCUGCAGUCACAUUUGAAGAACUCUGACAGCAUCGUGUCCCUGCCACAGUCGGAUCGCUCCUCCUCCAGCUCCCAGGAGAGUCUCAACCGUCCACUGUCUGCCAAAAGAAGUCCUACUGGAAGUACAACAUCAAGAGCAUCUACAGUAAGUACAAAAUCUGUGUCAACACCAGGAUCUCUGCAGCGAUCCCGCAGUGACGUCGAUGUGAAUGCAGCAGCUAGUGCCAAGUCAAAAGUGACGUCUUCUGGAGCAUCCACCCCCUUCAGUUCUGCUGCAGCCUUGCCCCCAGGGUCAUACGCAUCACUAGGCCGGAUCCGCACCAGGAGGCAGAGCUCUGGCAGUGCCACAAGUGUCACCUCAACGCCUGCUGAUACUCGGGGCCGCAGCCGCGCUAAAGUAGUGUCCCAGUCCCAGCGAUCCAGAUCAGCUAAUCCUGCUGGUGCUGGUAGCCGGUCUAGUUCUCCGGGUAAGCUUUUAGGAAGCUCCUAUGGUGGCCUGAGCAGUGGAACAUCCAGAGUCCAGCCAGUGCCAUCAUCCUCAGAGAAGCGCAGCAAGAUUCCUCGGAGCCAGGGAUGCAGUCGGGAGACGAGUCCCAACAGAAUAGGCCUAGACCGGUUUGGACUCGGACAGCCAGGCAGGAUGCCUGCUUCUGUGAAUGCCAUGCGAGUCCUGAGCACCAGCACAGAUCUGGAGGCUGCUGUGGCCGAUGCACUGCUGUUAGGAGACUCCAGGAGCAAGAAAAAGACCGUGAGAAGGAGGUAUGAGCCCUAUGGGAUGUACUCCGAUGACGACGCCAACAGCGACGCUUCCAGCGCUUGCUCGGAGCGCUCCUAUGGCUCCAGGAACGGGGGCAUUCCACACUACCUGCGGCAGACUGAAGAUGUGGCUGAGGUCCUGAACCACUGUGCCAGCUCCAACUGGUCUGAAAGGAAAGAAGGGCUCAUAGGUCUUCAGAAUUUACUGAAAAGCCAACGGACACUGAGCCGAGUCGAGUUAAAAAGGCUGUGUGAAAUAUUUACUCGCAUGUUUGCUGACCCUCACAGCAAGAGAGUCUUCAGCAUGUUUCUGGAAACCCUGGUUGAUUUCAUCAUCAUUCAUAAAGAUGACUUGCAGGAUUGGCUUUUUGUUCUCCUGACCCAGUUGCUAAAGAAGAUGGGAGCAGAUUUGUUAGGGUCUGUGCAAGCAAAAGUCCAGAAAGCUCUGGAUGUCACCAGGGAUUCUUUUCCAUUUGAUCAGCAAUUUAACAUUUUGAUGAGGUUUAUUGUGGAUCAGACCCAGACACCAAACCUGAAGGUCAAGGUUGCUAUCCUGAAGUAUAUUGAGUCCUUGGCAAGACAGAUGGAUCCAACAGACUUUGUGAAUUCCAGUGAGACAAGACUUGCUGUAUCUAGAAUUAUAACUUGGACUACAGAACCAAAGAGCUCAGAUGUGAGAAAGGCAGCACAAAUAGUCCUGAUUUCUCUCUUUGAAUUGAACACUCCUGAGUUUACCAUGUUACUUGGUGCCUUGCCAAAAACAUUCCAGGAUGGUGCUACCAAGCUCCUGCACAACCACCUCAAGAACUCCAGUAACACCAGUAUGGGUUCCCCCAGCAAUACCCUUGGUCGGACUCCUUCCCGGCACUCCAGCAGCAGAACCAGCCCCUUAACUUCACCUACCAACUGUUCCCAUGGUGGACUGUCUCCAAGUAUGCUGGAUUAUGACACGGAGAACCUAAACUCUGAUGAAAUCUACAGCUCUCUUCGUGGAGUCACAGAAGCGAUUGAGAAAUUUAGUUUCCGUAGUCAAGAGGACCUGAAUGAGCCAAUCAAACGUGACGGAAAGAAGGACUGUGACAUUGUGUCUCGAGAUGGUGGCCUUGCUCUCCCUAGUGGUGAUGUCCGUGGAAGCAGUGACAUUGUGGAAGGCGGAAGGAUGGCGCUGGAUAACAAAACCUCCCUCCUGAACACCCAGCCUCCCCGCGCCUUUUCAGGGCCCCGUGCUCGGGAAUACAACCCCUAUCCUUACACUGACACCAUUAACACUUACGACAAGACCGCCCUGAAGGAAGCAGUGUUCGAUGAUGACAUGGAUCAGCUUCGGGAUGAAGUACCCAUUGACCAUUCGGAUUUGGUGGCUGAUCUUCUGAAAGAGCUCUCCAACCACAACGAGCGGGUGGAGGAGCGGAAAGGAGCUCUCCUGGAGUUGCUAAAGAUUACAAGGGAAGAUAAUCUUGGAGUUUGGGAGGAGCAUUUCAAAACCAUUCUGCUCUUGCUGCUGGAAACACUUGGAGACAAAGAUCAUUCGAUCAGAGCCCUGGCGCUGCGAGUCCUGAGGGAGAUCCUGCGGAACCAGCCAGCGAGGUUUAAGAACUACGCGGAGUUGACUAUCAUGAAAACACUGGAAGCACAUAAGGAUUCCCACAAGGAGGUGGUCAGAGCUGCUGAAGAAGCUGCUUCUACCCUGGCGAGUUCCAUCCACCCCGAGCAGUGCAUCAAGGUGCUUUGUCCCAUCAUUCAGACUGCAGAUUAUCCAAUUAAUUUAGCUGCCAUCAAAAUGCAAACGAAAGUCAUUGAGAGGAUUUCCAAGGAAUCGUUGCAUCAGCUCCUACCUGAUAUCAUUCCUGGAUUGUUACAGGGUUAUGAUAACACAGAGAGCAGUGUCAGAAAAGCCAGUGUAUUUUGCCUAGUGGCUAUUUAUUCAGUAAUUGGAGAAGAACUGAAACCUCAUCUCGCACAACUCACAGGAAGCAAGAUGAAGCUACUAAACUUGUAUAUAAAGAGGGCACAGACCACCAACAGCAACAGCAGCUCCUCUUCAGAUGUUUCAACGCACAGUUAAUGGAGAUCUGUGGACAUGUGUGUAGACUUAGAAGCAAUCAACGGUGCCUCUCAGAGACCUUUCUGCUACUCUUCACUGGCGUGCUCCAUCAGCUUAAGGAGGCCAUGCAGAUAUUUAUUGCAAUCAGUAUUUUAGUCCCUUAAAACCUUUUAUGUAGAAUCUUACUGGUAUUGAAUGUAAAGGAAGCAAGGUCUGUGUCGCAGUCUUCAUUAAAAGUGAACAUCAGAAAGCCAUACUUAAACAUAUUUGUAUAGCCUGCUGAAAUCUCAGAAAUAUGUUUAGGUUAGCCUUCUAACAUUGAGUCCAAGAACCUGGACACAUAUAAAAGUCAAACAAAUCUUGUUGGUUUAGCUCAUUCCCAGUUUUGGUUUCUGUGUGCUAGUUACCUGCUCUCUGCCCUCACCGUUCUGGCUGGGUCCUUCUCUUCUUUCAAGUUUGCUGUUCCUGUUCUGUACUCCCUAUUGCAGCUUGCCUGACCUGCAGGGCCCUCCAUGGGGAGAUCUUGGCAGGUGUGGCUGUGAUUCCAGCCUCAGAUGCUUUAAUACUGAGAGAUACCAAGUGAGUAAUGAAAGAAGGUUCUUUUUAAACAUCUGAGUUUUGUACAUAGUUCUGACAGACCCCGGAUGGGCUGAUCGCUCUGUAACUGCUAUCCAGCCAGCUGUGCUGUGCAUAACAGCUGGGCUCUUGCUCUUUUCAUUGACUUUGUAAAUACUUCUGCCCCCUCAGCCCAUUUGGCUCUUUCAUAUGUUCAAAAGACUCUCCAGGUUACCUGUUACUGCCCAAAGGGAACCUGAGACCCAGUUCUGGGACCGACGUCUGCAAGUAGGAUAAGUGGAGUUAGGUGGGUGGGAUUGGGUUAGGCUCUGAGUGUGUCACUGGGUGGGCAGUGGGAGCUGGCAGAGCUGUACUUCAAUGCCAGCUGUUUUCCUUGAAAUCUGUAGCAUCAAAGGGCUGAUCUGCUGCUCUGAUUGACCCACUGAUGCUGGAUGGCUUUGUCAUCAUACCUUUGCACUUUGGGUAAAAUGUUCAUCCCAGAGGACAGAAAGGGUGUCUGAAUCUGAACAGAAAUACCACAUGGAAGCACCUCUGAGCCACCUGGGACAGUGCUGGUUGCCUGCCACAGCCCUCCUGUUCCUGAAGACCCUGCAGUGCUGUUAACAGCCCUUAGAAGCCUCCUUUUUGCCAUCGCCAUGCACAGGCUUGCUGAGUGCUCUGCAUUUCAGAAGAGUGGGGGUCCCUCACUGGGCACUGCUGGCAGCAGGGUGCUCUGGGUGAGGUGUUUGCAGCCUAAUGACACAGACCAGGUCAGAGGCAAACCAGCAGCAAUCAAAUACCCCAGAGCACUGCCCUUCCCUGAACAGAGACCCUUCUUUUUGCAAAGGGGGAACUCCCCCUGGCUCUGCCUGUAACCAGGGAAGGCAGGAGGUUGCUAAUUAAUGUGCUGUGUUUGGCCUGGGCUGGAUCCUGGCUGAUGGGCAUGCCCACCCCAAACCUGCCAUGAAUCACAGCUGGGGUUUUGCCUCCAGUGCCAGUGAUGCAAGAGCAUGAUGGACUUGCAGCUUAUGGCUGCAGCUGUGCUGAUGGAUGUGUGUUCCCUGGCUGCUCUCAGUGCCCUGGAGUCUCUCCAGCUUCCUACAUCUCCCCUUUAGGGAGCUGAGGGGACACCUUGGGAACAUACUGAGAACAUGAGACUCCAUUACUGCAGCAGGAGAGGGUAUAGCCCCUUCCAUCAAUUAUCCCUCUGUGUUUCAGCCUCAUCCUGAGGAGUUAAGCUGGGAGCUGACACUUGGUGCCAGCUUUUCUCCCAGUUCUCUCCUCAGGAGGGAUUGGGGCUGGUAGGGACUGUGUGUCAGUGGGCUGCAUAGCUUGUUGGUCCUUUCCCUGCUCACCUGAGAGCAAGGGGGGUGACCUGCUCCUGGUGCACAUGUGUGCAGGCUGGCUGCAGGGCUAAUUCCCUCAUCUUUCCCAACCAGUAAUGCUAUGGCAGGAGAAACCAUGUGCUUUCCUGGGGUGGGGGAUUCCCCCAGGGUCUUUCUGCAGCCUCAGAAAAGCCAUCCUCACUAAAGGGGGGGAUUGGCUGCUUCAUGGUUUGUGUCUGCCUUUCUGUGGACCAUUUCUUUUUCAACAUCUUUCUGUAUGCUUGUUAGAAUGCUCUUUUUUAAUUUUUUUGAAUGCUUCAAAUUUGAUUUUAACACAAAUUUAUUUUUCCUUUUGAGGAAAUACUCAGUUGACUUGUUGGCAGCAGUUAAGCUGUCUUGUUUGAAUUUUUAGUAGUGGGGUAGUUUUUUUUGGGCGGUGUUGGUUUUUUGUUUUGUUUUUUUUUUUAAUUGUGCUCUUAACUGCUUAGUAUUUAUGCCUCUCUUUCUCCCCAUCUCAGCUCAGCAUCUUCUGUUCCAGUUCUGGGGUUCAGAAAGUCAGCACAGCUGACCAGGUGGUAUUAGUCCCUCUCAGCUGUGAUGGAGCUUGGUCUAUCAUCAUUUGCUGUUGAUUUUGAUUUUUUUUCCUUUCCAUUGAAUGGCACACUGUAGCAAAUCUCCAGGAAUCAAAUUCCUUCUCAAAUGAUUUUAUAUGCUUUAUAAAAUCCUGUUGGUAUGCACUGAGAGUGAACGCACUGUAACGUCCCUGACACCUCCGUCGGGGUCCAAGCUCGUCCUUGAAAAGGCGCCUGCGGCCAGCCUGCGCUUCCCGAGGCCCCUGGCACCAAAGGGGCUGCAAAGGGUGGAAUCAGGCCUUACUUCCUGAAUCAGAUUCAGUUCUGUUUGUCAACAGAUGCUCAUUAAUGUGCUACUUAAUUUCAUUGCGUGAGUUGAGGACUGUCCAUUCUUUGAGUACUCUAGGAUAUGUUCUACCUGUACACAGUAGGAGCAUUCUGCUUAGGUAUUUAUAAAUCAUCGCGGAUAAUGUACAUAGUAGGGUUGUUUAGUAUGUUGAACAUGACCCAGUUUUUAUUUUGUGUUUCCUUUGAAGUACUCAAAGGGCUAGCUCUGAAUGUCACCUCUCUGAUCUCCAGUUUUGACUUCAACAAGCUGUACAAUCAUCUUGUUUCUCUUCAGCAAGCAUAAAGGUCUCUCUGGCUACAAAUCAGUGUCCACGCACGCUUGCAGAGGAAGGUCUGCAUGCUGCAGUGCCUCACUGCUCCGGUGAAGCUUGUGUUCACCUUCUCCUGGCAGUAGCCACCUACUGCAGCUGCCUUUUUUUUUCUUGCUGCCCAUUAUGCAGGGCUUCAAUUUUUCGUACCUUUAAAAAAAAGAAAAAAAAAAGUAAAAAAAAAAAGUAUUUUCUUUGCCCACCAUGCUUUAAAAAUCUAAAUGGGAGAAAACUCUCAGCAGACAGCAGCUCUUGGCUGCAAGGUUGCCGAAAUCUCAGAUGUGGA